GCUGCCAUUGCCUUUUCUACUGCAACAAAUCUCUUCAGCCAUUUCUGCUUCUCAAAAGAGAAAAAAUGGGCUUUCUUGCAUCAGGUUUUCCCAGAAACAUUCAGAGUGCUGUCAUCGCCUCAAUCCUCCUCACCUCUUUGGCUUCUGUCAUGGUUUCCUCCUUCCAGUUUGAAGUCGGAGGCAAGAAUGGUUGGACCAAACCCACUGGAAAUGAGUCUGAGACUUACAACGAAUGGGCUGUUCAGAACCGCUUUCGAAUUGGAGACACCCUCUAUUUCAAGUACAAGAAUGACUCUGUGGAGGAAGUGACCGCUUCUGACUACUUAACUUGCAACGCUUUGAACCCGAUUGUGAAGUUCAGGGAUGGCGAGACGGUUUUCCCAAUCAGGCGUUCGGGGUGGUUUUACUUCAUUAGCGGGCGUCCUAGCCACUGCAAAGCGGGCCAGAAGUUGACCAUCCGUGUGUUGCACCCUACUGAAGCCACUGUUGUGUCUGCACCAGAGCCUGCAGCUUCCUCACCAGCAGAGGGUGGGCAUGAAUGGGGUUCUCACAGUAUGGGACACAAUUCAACCUCAAAGCUCUCUCUGGUGUCCUACUUCAUUACUGCUCUUGGUGGAGUUAUGGUGUUGCUCUAUUUGCUCAUGUAGAGACACUGUCUGACCAUGUGGUCAUAUUUAGUUUCAGUUUUGUUGGUGUUGAUUUAAUGAUUUCUUUAGCUUGUUUCUGAGAUUUAAUGUAGUAGCAGUUUGGAUUUAUCUUCAUUGAAUUCUUGCUGAUAGUGAUAUUUAUGUUUCUUUCUUCAAUGAAUCUUUCUUCUUCACUUUGUUGAAGAUGAUAUUUAUAAAAAGACAGAUUUAUAGGUUCA